CCGUGCUGUCCGCGCUGCGGGUGCGGGGCUACCGUAGACCCAAAUGCACACUCUGGGCAGUUCGGGGCAGCGUCGGUUUCAGCAACAGCUCCCGACGCCGCUGAAACGAGCCGUCGGUCACGGGCUGCAGGGGCGAGGCAAGGCGCCCUGCAGAGGAACAAGUGGAAACGGUAGGAGGCUUUCCUCCCGUGGCGGAGGAUGGCUGCGAGGGAUGAGCCCAGUUGAGAAAAGGCGUGUGUGAGGGAUGCCCCGUUAUUCCUGAGCUGCUACUGCUGAAGAGAGGGAAGGUUUUGUGCGAGGUUUUUUUUUUUAAUCUGGUUCUGGAGGUGGGGCGCCGGGGGAUGCCUGCACCAUCCCAACUACGCACUUCUCUGCAUCUGCUCUUGGAUCCACCCGCCCCGUUUAUCCCGGAGGUUUGGUGAGGGCACUUUAUUGCCCCUCUGCUCCGCCCCGCCCCACCCGUUGCUCUCAGUGUGGUGCUGUGCUCGCCCUGGGUGCGUCAUCCAGACAGUUGUACUCGUACUUUACUCUCUUCUCUCCUCCUUUCCGGGCUCUUGCAAGCCAGAUCGUCCCGGCUGCCCUGCCUUCUCCAAGGGAGAAGGGUGCACCUUGUUAUCCGUGGAAGAUACAACUACAGCGGCUAAUGCAACCUGUUUUGGGACGGGCGCUUCUGCUGCCGGUUCUUCGUGGGGCAAGGAAGCCACCGUUCUCAUUGUAUAUGGCUGGACUCCUGUGAGCCCUCCCCCCCGCUUCCAGGAUCUUCUGCAGGCUGACUCGGAUGCCGCCUUUUAAAAGUUCCGAUGUCACUUUCUAUCCUUUGCCCCAGUCCCUUGAGUGUAGGUGUGGCUGCCGCCGUCUCCCCGCUCCUCUGAAGGAAGACCCCCUUGCCCGAAGGUGCCUUUGUGAAACUACAGAAUUCCAAGUUGACUUUCGGUUGAACUAAGGCUGAAGAACUACUGGAUCUCUCCUCCCCUCCCCGCCUUGUCUGCUCCCUGGGAAAAGAUGUCCAGAGGCCAGGAGAGAAAGUGAGUGAAGGGUUUCAUUGACCUCAGAAUGCUCCACUUUACCUUGCCCUGCUCUCCUUUCUUCUGAACAAGAGCUAGCAGAAGAAACUUUUGGAGAAGGAAGAGCUGGCUUUUCUCUUUACACAAAAACUCUUAUUCCUGGAUUCUGAAAGCUGUUUGAAUCCCCUGGCUCAGUUGCCUACCUGGCACAGAGGAGCAAUUGCAUUCAUCGAGGAAAGGGGUUAUUUAAGGACCCUCAGGGAUUGAGGGACAGGUCCUGCUUAAAGAAGAGGCUUCAAGGGGACCCUUGCCUCAUUUCACCUGCGGAUGUGCUCAGAGCAAGCUUGAGGAUUUUCCCUGAGGGAAUUUGGAAGCUUCAUCUUUUUGCUGUGACAUCAGGAAGAAACUUUGCCCACCAAAAUGUCCAAAGUGGUGGCUUCCAGUGGAGCUGGAACCUCGGCAGCAUCAGAGAGUUGUGGGGCAGGGCUGCCCGAAGACCUCUCUAAGGUGUCUGAUGAGGACCUUCUGAAAUGGAGCAAAGAAGAUCUCAUUCGUAGCCUUCGUAAAGCUGAGUCAGAGAAAGUGAGUGCCAUGCUGGAUCACAGCAACCUCAUCCGGGAGGUCAACCGCCGCCUGCAGCUCCACCUGGGCGAGAUCCGGGGGCUUAAGGAUAUCAACCAGAAAUUGCAAGAAGACAACCAAGAGCUGCGAGAUCUUUGUUGCUUCUUGGAUGAUGACCGGCAGAAAGGCAAAAAAGUAUCCCGCGAAUGGCAGAGGCUUGGGAGGUAUAGCGCUAGCAUGAUGCAUAAAGAGGUUGCCUUAUAUUUGCAAAAGCUGAAGGAACUAGAAGUAAGGCAGGAAGAAGUUGUGAAAGAAAACUUGGAGCUGAAGGAGCUUUGUGUCUUGUUGGAUGAAGAAAAGGGUGGUGUUGCUGGCUGCCGAAAUUCAAUUGAUAGUCAAGCCAGUCUUUGCCAAUUAAAUGCCACAAGUACAUUCAUCAGGGAUGUUGGAGAUGGGAGUAGUACCUCCAGUACUGGGAGCACUGAUAGUCCUGAUCACCAUAAGCACCAUUCAAGCUCAAGUCCUGAGCACCUCCAGAAAACAAGGAGUGAGGGAAGUCCUGAGCAUCAAAAGCACCGGAGUGCUAGCCCUGACCACCUCCACAAACCUCGAAGUUCUGGAAGUCCUGAUCACCAGAAGCAUCUGAAAGGACCAAGUCCAGAGCAUCAUAAAACCCUAACCAAAGGUACUUCAGAGCAGCAGAAGCACAGUUGUAGCAGUCCAGAAACACUGCCAAAGCACAUGUUGAGCGGGAGCCCAGAACACUUUCAAAAGCAUAGGCCUGGGAGCAGUCCAGAACAUCAAAAGCACAGCAGCAGUGGAAGCCCCGAACUUCUUCAAAAGCAUGCUCUGAGUGGAAGCUCAGAACACCUCCAAAAAGUAAGGGGCACAAGUCCUGAACAUCUCAAACAGCAUUACGGGGGAAGUCCCGAGCAUCUCAAACAUUUGGGCAAUGGCAGCAGAGAAGGCACCUUAAGGAGACAAGUUGCAGAUGAUCUGUCACCCCAUCACAGGGGCCUCUACAAUGGGAUGAAUGAAUCAACCUUGUCCUAUGUUAGGCAGCUGGAAGCAAGAGUAAGACAGCUGGAGGAGGAAAAUCGCAUGCUGCCCCAGGAUCCCAUUAGGAUGCCAUCAGAGGCAGAUGGGAAUGUCUGUUCUCCGAACCAUCCAGCUAGCUUCAAUGAACAGGCCUCCUUAUCUUCUCAGCAGCCUGAAGCGAUGGUUAAUGCCCUCAAGGUUGUGUGGAGGAAACUUGGAGAUGCUGCAGGCUCGUGUCCUGGAAUUAGACAGCACUUGUCUGGAAGCCAGUACAAAGGGCCAAUGUGAAUGGCUGUCAAAACAAGGAAGGAUUCCAAGUAUCAGUGGACAUUGCAGCAACCCUUUUAGUAGUAAUGGGACAAUGCCAAACACUUUCUAGGCCACCACUGGAAAAUAGAAGUCUCUUCUUCAUAGACAUUUGUGUGAUGUAUCCAGAUCUGCAACUAAUAUACUCCAUUCUGCUUUUGCCACAAGCAUUUUCAAUACAAACACACAGAGACGCACACAGACACACUCACAGACAGAAAGGGAGGGAGGGAGAGAGGGAGGAAGAGAGAGAGAGAGGGAGAGAGAGAGAACAAUCAUCAAGGUUGUUCACAUUAAUCCAGAUGGAAAACUCAGAGAAAGUUCUUUUGUAAAAAGAAAAGAAAAAAAACACGAAAUCAAGAGAUUCCAAUGAACUAUGCUCUUGGUCUUCACAGUUUCAAAAAAAAAGUACUCUUAUAUUUGAUUGUAUGAAAUAUUGACUAAUGGUGAAUAGCCAACUGGCUGAUGUUGGGAUGUUAGAAUUAUUGCUAAAUGCCCGAAACCUUCAAGUCUCAAAAGAGUCAAUAGUGUAGCAAGAGAAAAACUACAUAUAUAAGCACUAAAAUUGUGAUGCCUCAUUGCUCUAAAAACAUAGACCAAGAAUCACUUUAUUCUUAUCUACUUUGAUGAUUGCAUUCUAAUGAACUGGUUUUUCUCUUAUUAAAAGAAAUAUUCCCUCUAUUCCCCAAGCCUAAGGCACUGUUAGUAACCAGGCAUCAAAAUCAUGUGCUGCUCUUUCAGGGAUGAAAUAGAUCCUUGAGCCAGACUGAAGACAGGGUACCUGUAGUAAUGCUCUGGAGACAUGGUGCCUGGGUAGCUGCAAUUGUAUCCAUGGCUAAAUUUUGAUUGGAGAUCCACACAUAUACAUCAAGGAGAAUGCUGGAAGGGAGGGACUUUUUCCAGAGCUGUGAAGUGAACACCACAUCUAUUUUUAUUCUUUUUUAACAGAUAAAAUAGGGGAAUGCUGAUAUCUAAAGAGAAAACAAAAAAGCUCAGAUAUCAAACUUGUGGGCUUUUACUUUUAACACACACACAAACAAACUUGAAAAGGGGAAAGUUGUGCUCUGGGAACAUGGAGCUGCAUGCUGUUUCUAAUCAAUUUGAAUUAGAGACUGAUGGAAACGGGAUGGAUAUUCAUGAUUGGCAGACAAGAAUGGAUGGAUACUGUGAAAAUGGCAAAUAAGGCUAAGAAACAAUACACCAAGAAAGAUUGAAUGCUAAUGAUAGGAGUAGCUGUGGGGGUGAUAAUUAUAGAUUGAGAGGUAAAGCUGAAAAAAUAGACACCAUCACCAGAAUGAAGGGCACUAAUUUCUAGAGAAGUCACAAAUAAUUGGAAAAACGUUACAGAUAUAGUUUUCUCAUCUCUCUGUUAUAAAUUCAAUAUUAAAUUGAAAGUGAAGAGUCUUGGAAUGAGACUUCAGCUGAAAUCGUGACUACAUUAAAGAGAAUAACAAAGACAAGUCAUUUAAGGAAAGGAAAUCAUUAAAAGUUACUCCAAAAGUUUAAAUGAUGGCCAUGUCGUUGACUUAUGACCUUCAGUAACAGUUUCGCAAAUAGCAUGCAUUCCCUUCCUUGGCCACUACUUUUUGUCUGAAAACCAACAGUUUAUAUAACCAACACAAUUUUUGCUGGGUAUCAAAAAUAAGUUAAGUGUAUCACGAAUUGAACAGGACUUUACACAAAGCAAACUCUUAUCUGUCGGUAAUACUUUCACUUCGGAUGAACAAUGUUUGUGUAUUUUUCAGAGCAGAUGAAACAAUAAGGUGAAUUAGAAAGAGGAAAGGAGAUUUGCUUCUGGAAAAGUGGAUCAGAAAAUAGUGUGAAAUUGGGUAGUGCUAAGAAAAUAUUUCAGGGAGCUCCUGAGAGUAAAACCUGGGCUAAUCUUAGAGACAAAUGACAAACAGAUCAUGACUAUGACGGAUGCUGAAAUAAUCUCACUUCCAAAAAUCUGGCACUCAAAACUGAAGGCUGAUAUACAAAAUAUUCCAUGGCUUUAAGGAUAAGGCAGGAAAAAAAGAAUAAUAUUUUGACUCCGAUAAAUUAAUUUAAAGACUGAGGAAUUUAAGUGUAGUUUACUGAACACUGAAAUCGAUACUGUGGAACAGUAGCAUAAUAAUCAUAGAAUUAAAAGGUGCUUAUGAGACCACUGAUUCUAACCCUUAUUCUGUAUAGGGAUUAUAUUAAGGAAGCUUUUGUUUUGUUGAUAUUCAACUGGAAUCUAUUACCCCCAUAACAUAAUCCUUUUUAAUAUCUUAUGAUGAUAAUGACUAGGUCUUGGCCUUUAUAUAUAUAUGCAAUAUUGUUGAAAAACAUUAUCAUGAAAAUUUUUGUGAUAUCAAGUUAUGUAUAAAUUUUUUUGAAAACAUGGGUCUAGGACUAGACUCUGUGACAUCCCAUUGGAUUUUUUUAAAAAUGUGAGCCAUUAAUGAAUUAACUCUUUGAACACAGUUUUAAAGUAGCUGUGGAUCACUUAAUAAACACAAUAUUAAAUCCCAUAUUUGAUAAUUAUAAUACCAUAGUAUCCAAUGUCAGUUGCUUUCUUGAAGUCAAGAAAUACCUGCCUAGCAUUUUCAUUAGUCUGGUAAGGCUUUUUCCUGACAAAUCAAAUUACUGUUCAUCAGCAUUUGAAGACUUAAGAUUCUACUGUGACUUGAGGAGCAAUUGCCUCUUGAUCCCUUUUCUUUUGAUACUGUGUACCAUGCAGAGAACUAGACUUAGCGCAGUUCAAAUUCCUGUCAUGUCCAGCUACUCAGAAUAUUGAUAAGUAUUAGAGUCUUUUGUGGAACCUAUGGUCUUUGACACAAAUCCACAUCAUAUUUGCUAUGGAGACAAUGAGCAGCCAAAAGGCCUCUUCUCUACAGAGAGCGUACAGGAUGUAAAUGUAAGUAUAACUUAACUGUACAUUGCACCACAAGUGUAGUUCAGGAUAGACUGCUGGAUUCUAGACAUCCUAUGAAUCCAAGUGUUCUGGAUGUGACAAUUAUGCUUCCAGUUUUUGUGAGUUCCUUUAGAUAAGACACAAAUAAAACUCUAUUUGGGGGCUGAAGGUUGCUACACUAUUUAAUCAUCGGACUAGAAGACCUCUGAUAGACAUAAUUAAGAUUAAUUUUAGGUUGGAUCCUGGAUAAUUUGAACCAAAGUAUAGCCCACUCCUCUCUUUCCUGACUCAUUUCUUAUCUGAUUAUACUAAUUUCUUAUGUAGUAAUUGUGCUCCAGUGCAAUUGACGCUACAGCUGACCUUUAGGGUGGUGCUCAACUCCUGCCAUAUGAUGUCAUUUUUGUUCCAUGUAGAAAUUUUGUGAAGUACCUGAAAAUAAUUAGCUACAUUUGGUGCUCCUUAUUUCAUGAAAUUGAUUUCAGUAGCAGUGCUGUUGCAGUUGCACAGUUCUGCACCGAGCCCAUACGUCAUCACCCUGAAAUGGCUCAUCAUAGUCUGUUGUUCAACAAAUCCCUUUCCAAUUGCUUGUUUGCAGAUGUGGGUUUUAGGGUUGUGCUACUAUAGAUAUUAAACAUUUGAAAUCUUUAAUCCAAUCCUAUCUUCUAAAUGCCAGGGAGCUAGGUUCUUCAGUUUUAUAAGAUAAUACUUGAUUUCACAAAUGUGUAUGGCUAACAGAAUAACACUAUAUUUAUUUGGUGUUCAGGAAAACGUUUCUUGCAGAGGUUCACUUCAUUUUAGAGGAAAUGUUGAGGAUUCUUGAAAGCAUGUCCUUCAUUAAUCUGAGGUUGAAAAUGCUUUUUCAUUUUGCUUGAGUUUUUGGACAUAGAUGGGCUCACAUUAAAAUUUCCCUCCUAUUCCCUCCACUGUAUAAUAUUAGAUUCUGUGUAUUAAAAUGUCUGAUAGCUAUUUUGUGUAUAUAUAAAAAUGCAGUAAUAUUUGUAUGAAUGUGCAACAGGCUUGUGAUAAAAUGCUGUUGCUUUGACUUUUUAAUCAUACCUGAGUAUUUAACGCAACAAUAGGAAUGCAACAAUUCCCAAGAUUGGGAUGAUUAAAAGGGUUUAAUUGAAAAUUGAUAUUGUCCUGUUUGUUUUCCUUUUUUCUUUUUUUCCGCUAUUAUGUUGGUGAGUAUUAGAUGGCUCCAGCACUAAUAUAGUGCAGCCUUUUAUCCUAUAAUAGAGUGGCAUUAAUCAGCUCCCUUUUUUCCAGGAAAAAAAGGUUAUAAAAAAUGUGCUUUAGUAAUUCAAUCAGAUUUUUUUUAAUGUCAUGCUAGGUAACACAGUUGUUUCAUUAUUUAUAUUACAAUUGUUGUAUUCCUAUUAUUACAUGAGAACAGCAAAAGCGAGAGAUCCUCAAAGAAUUUGUGCCCACGGUCAAGGACUAGAUCCAAAGAAUGACUCUAGAGAAGUUUUAAGUAUUUUUCUGGAUCAAUGGGAUAUUAAACUAUUUUUCAUUGAAUAGCAGUCUCUUUUCCUAAUGCUGUAUCACAAAGUGUUUAAAUAUUCCACAGUCUAAUAAACGGAUUGCAACUGGCUAUUAUUCAAGGAAGAAAUGUCUACGCUGUUCUUUUCCCUGGUUGAGGGUUGGGAGCAACUUUUGUUGUUUGAUAGAUCUUAGCCAAGUUCUGCAGGAGAUAAUUUGAGCGAUGUUGGCCUUUUGACAUAAGUAUGUAAAUUUUGAUACUGUACUAAAACUAUUUUUUUACAAUUCAUCAUAUAAUGGGGAUACCAAACAUAUGUGUUCA